AUGAACGGUCCUACCAACUUCUCUGACUUGGUCAAAAACAUUCGCUCCGUCAAUGACCCUCCUGUUAUGGCACCGUACGCGAGCGUCUUCACUCCGGAGCCCGUCCCGAAUAAAGACCUAAACCCACUGGCUGUCUCCCAUCCGAACCGCAAGCUUCAAGCACCAAAGACAGGCGAAAAGAUCACGCGCUCUUCUACACCUGUUCGUCGGGCUGGAGCUCUGUUUGCGCCUGUACAAUACAACCCGCCAAAUCCUCACAUAAACUUCAGGAUAGGGAAGUGUCCUGAACUCGGGAAUGUCAAGGGUCUAUUUACCGAUGGACGGCAGUUGAUGGCGUUCCACUCGAGUGAUUUCCACUCACUCAUGGCCGAGUGA